CCAUUUCCCGUGGUUCCUUUCCUUAUCCAGACGAAAAUACGCAGACGAAAGAGGGAGAGAGAGUGAUCGGGUAAAAAUGGCGGUCGCUUCUCUAAUUCCCGUUUCUGGAAUCUUCUGUCCAGCAUACGCAUCGUCAACAAGAACAAGAAUCUCCGUGGUCGUUGCAUCGUCUCAAAAUCAAUGCGAUGGAUCGACUCCGAGAAGAGAGUUGCUGUUGAAAGCCGCUGUGACGGCAGCAGCCACGGCGACGGCGGCUGCGGUUAUCCAGCCACCGAGGAUUGCGGAGGCGCGUGAGGUUGAGGUCGGCUCGUAUCUUCCUCCGUCUCCGUCGGAUCCUUCCUUCGUUUUCUUCAAAGCCUCGCCCUCCGACACACCAGCUCUCCGUGCGGGAAACGUGCAGCCAUACCAGUUUAUUAUUCCACGGACCUGGAAACAGACGCGAAUAGCAAACAUCUUAUCGGGGAAUUACUGCCAACCAAAGUGUGCAGAGCCAUGGGUCGAAGUCAAGUUUGAAGAUGAGAAGCAGGGAAAGGUCCAAGUAGUGGCUUCUCCGCUCAUUCGCCUCACCAACAAACCGAAUGCAACUAUAGAAGAGAUCGGUAGCCCCGAGAAGUUGAUUGCUUCUCUCGGCCCUUUCGUCACCGGAAACUCCUACGACCCGGAUGAACUUUUGGAGACUUCUAUAGAGAAACUCGGAGAUCAGACGUACUACAAGUACGUUCUAGAGACACCGUACGCAUUGACAGGAACGCACAACCUUGCGAAAGCGACGGCCAAGGGAAGUACGGUGGUGCUGUUCGUUGCCAGCGCCAAUGACAAGCAAUGGCCGUCCUCUCAGAAAACCCUCCAAGCCAUUCUCGACUCUUUUCAGCUCUAGUUCUCUCUCUGUUUCUUGCAAUUUUUUUCCAUGAUUUAAUUUUGUUUAUAGGGAGUGUCCAAAUAAAAAUCUUGGUAUUGUUCAACUGUUGUAAGUAAUAAGUAUGUAAACAAAUUACUUUUAUUCGCAUUGAGAAUCGAAAUAGAUCGUAUGUUUUGUAUUGA